AUGAAAAUGAAGGAGAUAAAGGAAAUGAAAAUGAAGGAGAUAAAGAAAAUGAAGGAGAUAAAGGAAAUGAAAAUGAAGGAGAUAAAGGAAAUGAAGGAGAUAAAGGAAAUGAAAAUGAAGGAGAUAAAGGAAAUGAAGAUGAAGGAGAUAAAGGAAAUGAAAAUGAAGGAGAUAAAGGAAAUGAAAAUGAAGGAGAUAAAGAAAAUGAAGGAGAUAAAGGAAAUGAAAAUGAAGGAGAUAAAGGAAAUGAAGAUGAAGGAGAUAAAGGAAAUGAAAAUGAAGGAGAUAAAGGAAAUGAAAAUGAAGAUGACAAAGGAAAUGAAAAUGAAGGAGAUAAAGGAAAUGAAAAUGAAGGAGAUAAAGGAAAUGAAGAUGAAGGAGAUAAAGGAAAUGAAGAUGAAGGAGAUAAAGGAAAUGAAAAUGAAGGAGAUAAAGGAAAUGAAAAUGAAGGAGAUAAAGGAAAUGAAAAUGAAGGAGAUAAAGGAAAUGAAAAUGAAGGAGAUAAAGGAAAUGAAAAUGAAGGAGAUAAAGGAAAUGAAAAUGAAGGAGAUAAAGGAAAUGAAAAUGAAGAUGACAAAGGAAAUGAAAAUGAAGGAGAUAAAGGAAAUGAAGAUGAAGGAGAUAAAGGAAAUGAAAAUGAAGGAGAUAAAGGAAAUGAAGAUGAAGGAGAUAAAGGAAAUGAAAAUGAAGGAGAUAAAGGAAAUGAAAAUGAAGGAGAUAAAGGAAAUGAAGAUGAAGGAGAUAAAGGAAAUGAAAAUGAAGGAGAUAAAGGAAAUGAAGAUGAAGGAGAUAAAGGAAAUGAAGAUGAAGGAGAUAAAGGAAAUGAAAAUGAAGGAGAAGAUGAUAAAGAUGAUGAUAAAGAUCCGAAACCAGAUACGGAACAGACAAAGACACAAAGUCCGACAGAAAGUACAAAAAAGGAGGGAAAUGGUGAAAAUGAAUUAA